AAGAUACCUCACUCGAAGUUCGUAACACAUUGAUGGUGAUUCUUGUUCUUAUUGCCACUGUCACUUUCGACGUCGGAAUCAAUCCGCUGGGUGGUAGUUGGCAGGAUGAUAUUGCUGAAGAUGAAACAGAUUUGAGUCCAAAAAACAGAGAAGAAAGUAAUUAAGGCAAUGGCAACUCUGCUUCAUCAGAGAUUGAGUGAUGCGGCGAAAGCAGGAGAUAUUGACGAGUUGUAUGUCCUGCUCCAAGAAGAUUCAUAUAUUCUUGAUGCCAUUGAUCAGAACCCUUUCACCAGCACUCCAUUACAUGUUGCUGCAAAUGCUGGGCAAGCCUGUUUUGUGGAGGAGAUCACAAACCUGAAGCAUUCCUUUGUUACAAAGCUAAACCAAAGUGGGUAUAGCCCUUUGCACUUGGCUGCAGCUAAUGGGCACUUAGAGGUAGUGAAGCAACUCUUGAAGAUAGAUUCUUGUCUGGGUCAACUCCAUGGAAGAGAGAAGAGGACUCCACUUCAUUGUGCAGCCAUUGCGGGGAGCAUUGAAGCCUUGGAUGAAUUAAUCUUCAAUUGCAACAAUUCUCUUCGGAAGAAGACGAUUCAAAAGGAGACAGCUCUUCACUUGGCCUUGAAACAUGGCCAAUUGGAAACUGCUAAAGCCUUGCUGAGAUGGAUUGAAGAGCUUAAAAUGGAGAGCAUUCUAAGCUGGACUGAUCAAGAAGGCAACACUGUAUUGCACCUUGCAACCUCCUUAAGACAACAUCAGAUAGUGAAAAUGCUGUGCAGUGGCUUUAAGGUUAGAAGGGCUGCAAAUGUGAACGCUAGAAACAACGAUGGUUUGACAGCCUUAGAUUUGGAUGAGUCAGUGAGACACCCAGAUGAAGAACUUGAGGUUCAGAAUAUAUCAAACAUCCUUCACAAAGCUGGAUCCAUUCGAGCUUGUGAUGUGAAGAUCAGCAAGCUUUUUCCUUCCCCACUAGCCAAACAAACAAGACUAGCCAUUCAUCGUCGUCAAAGGAUCUUCCACUACUUCAAUUUCAGGGUCCAUGAAGAUACCUCACUCGAAGUUCGUAACACACUAUUGGUAAUUCUUGUUCUUAUUGCCACCGUCACUUUCGACGUCGGAAUCAACGUUCCGGGUGGUAAUUGGCAGGAUGAUAUUGACGGUCAGCAUCAGGCCGGACAACCAAUUUGGAAGAGUAAGGACAAAGUUGGAUACUUCAUAUUCACGGCAGUCAACUUUUUAGGGUUCGUUAUGUCUUCGGUGAUGAUCUUUAGAUUGGUGGAAGGAUAUCCUUAUAGUGGACCGGUCCAACUGGCCCAAUCGUUAUUGAUUUUUACUUGUAUUUGGUCAACUCCUCUGUUUCCAAAUACGAGUACAGUUAACUAUAUACUCAUCACAGUGGGUAUCAUAGUGACAUUGGCAAUCCUUUGGUUGCAUAGGAAGCCAAGACGGUUCUCCUAGAAACCUCUCGUGGAACAUGGAUGGGUUGGAAGCUUUGGAGGCUUGGAAUUGAACUG